AUGGCAGUCGUCUUCGCCGGGAAGGUGAGGAGGGUCGUCGUCUUCACCGUCGAUCUUCGCAGUGCCAAGUUUGUGGAAGGAGAUGGAGAGUCGCGAUGGCAAGUCUGUUGUUGCUCGGAGAACAGCGGCAACCACCAUCCAAAACGUAGCCCACGACGGAGGAUAGGGGAUGGAGCCGGAGGGAGAGGAUCUUUUUGGUGCGUCAACGACCGAAAAACAUGA